CCAGGCGGCCAGGCGUCGAGUCAAGUCAGUCGCCGUCGCCUCGACCGCGCUGUGCCGUGCCCCCGUGCCUCAGUCGGUCUCAGUCUCCCGGUCCCGUCGCGCCACUGCGGGUCCUGGCCCACCGAGCACGCCGAGCACGCCGAGCACGCCAGGCACCAAGAUGGGCAUCAUCCUCAGCUACUUGUGGCCGCUCAGCACCGAGGUGGACCCCGUCACGGGUCUCAGCCCCAAGGACAAGCACUUGCUGACCACCACCUGGGCGCUCGUCAAGAAGGACGCCGCCGGCAACGGCUCCCACCUCUUCCGGCUGCUGUUCGAGAAGCACCCGGACGUGAGGGACAUGUUCCCGUUCGCCCGCGGCAAGCAGUGGGCCGAGUACAGCGAGGACGCGCGCCUCCGCGCGCACGUGAGCUCCGUCAUGUACGCUCUCACCUCCAUGGUGGACAACCUGGGCGACGUGGCCUGCCUGGACGCCAUGGUGCGCAAGCUGGCCGACAACCACGUCCGCCGCCGCGUCACCCUGGAGCACUUCAAGGCUCUCGGGGGCAUCCUGGUGCAGACCCUGCAGGACAAGCUGGGCCCCAGCAUCAUGACGGCCGAGACGACCACCGCCUGGGCGAGGAUGUACGACCUGGUGCUCAAGGUGCUGGCCGACCAGAUGGCCAAGCCCAAGGGCUCGGACUGAGGGAGUGCGUGGUUGAGUGCGUGUGUACCUGAGGGAGCGCUUGGGCGAGUGCGUGUGAGUGCGAGCGAGAGUGUGUGCGUGAGUGGCUGACGAUGGAGUACUCAACAGAAAAACUUGUGUUACCGAAAUUUUUUUUUGAUUUUUCGGAGUCAAGAAGUAAUGUAUACCCAUUGUUGUAAACUAAAAUUUAGUCGGUCCAACUAGUGGUAUACUUUCCCUAGUGAGUGAACGCCUCUGUACCUCUUCCUCCCCACCUUCUUUUCCCCUUCCUGCUUGGCGUCGCUUGGCGUCAUUAGGACAUGAUUAGUAGGAAGUGCCGACUCGGGGGGAUGGCGCUGAGCCUGGCUCGGCCUGGCUGAGCACACUGUAUCGGUCUAAUGGCCACCCGGCCACCCCACACACGCCUCUCGCACAAUGCUCACACUCGUACGCUCGUGCACACUCCCCCCUCCCCCCCUCUCUCUAUAACCCCCCUCGCGGAUCAAAGACGUAAAAAAAAAAUACUCCGGUGGGGGGGCGUGUUUCUUUUUGUUUCGCGCUUCCUUUUUUUUCAAGCAGCGUAUUUAAUUUAUCAGGGGAAAAGCUUUUUUUUCCGCAAUGAAUGCGUGGUUUAUGUGAAUUGCGCGGUGCUAUCGUAUCAUACAUCCGUAUGUACAGUGUUUUUGUUUUGUUAAUUUCGAUCAUAAUGCUAUAUAUGUAAGCCCUUUUUUUACUCAGUACCAUUGUUUGUGGGAAUGCGUUUUUAGGAGCUUGGUACUUAUAAGCUACGUAAUGUGUGUACAAUGUCAUAAUAAUAUUGAAUUUACAACCAUUCCACUCAUUUUUUGAAAUGCCGAUUUAAACUUGUUUGUAGAUACUGUUUUAUCUCUCGGAAAAUUCAGUGACCCUCGUUAUACUUCUGUUUGUAGUAGUGUUUCGACCUGUUUCCUGAUUGCCAUUAAAGAAGGUUGUUACUGA